GCUAAGCUCAUAUUAAAAAAAAUAUGACAUGAAAUCAAAAAAAAAUAAAAAAAAAGAAAUUCACAAAAAUUUAAAAUUUUAAAGAAAAAUAUAAAAUCAGUACAAUCUGCCCGGUUUACUAACCAAAAGUCCGGUAUUUAAAAACGUCAUGAUAUGCCAAAAGUGUUAGUCAUAUAUACAACAACUGAUUAAGAUCUGGCGACUUUUCCCUUCAUCAUCUAGAGUGAUAGACGUUACAUUGAUAUACGAGUUAGAGAUCUAUAUAUAGCUCUGAUUCAGCCCUUUAAAUUAAGUUUUCAAUUUACGAAGUCAUUUUUCCGGUUAUUUUAUUUCAUGACAAUUAGUAAUCUCGUGCUAAGCACAUUUCAUAUACUUUCAAACAUAUAAUGGUAGAUAGUGAAGCUUCCAUACAUAACUAUGAUGAUGAUAUCAAGGUCCAAAAGGAUCUUGAACUUAAUGGUGUUGAAAGUCAAAGAGAAUUAGAACCUCCUUAUACAAUCUUUAAUCAACAUGAAAAAUAUCUUUUGAUAUUAAUUCUUUCUAUGGUAGGGUUUUGGAGUACAGUAUCAAGUCCAAUCUAUUUCCCCGCCUUGCCUACUUUAUCUAGAUAUUUCAAUACAACUCCUGCUAUUAUGAACCUUUCAGUGGUAGCUUAUUUAUUAUUUCAAGGAAUUGCCCCCACGCUAUCUUCAAAUCUUGCUGAUAGUUUCGGAAAAAGACCUUUAAUCAUUGCAUCAAUCCUCAUUUAUGUGGCAUCCUGUAUAGCUCUUUCUCAAACUAAUGUGUACUGGUUAUUAGCAGUGCUAAGAUGUAUUCAAGCUGCUGGUAUUGCACCAGUUAUUGCUAUUAGUUCAGGUGUGGCGGGUGAUGUUUGUACAGCUGUUGAUAGAGGUGGCUUUGUCGGUGUGGUAGCAGGAUUCCAAUUAGUUGGAAAUGGGUUAGGUGGUUUAAUUGGUGCCGUACUUAUCAGUCAAUUCAAUACAUGGAGAGCAAUCUUUAUAUUUUUGGCUAUAGGUGCUGGAGUAACAUUGUUGUUUUCAUUGGUUUGUUUACCUGAAACAGCAAGAAACUUGGUCGGAAAUGGAUCAGUUAUUCCUAAGAAUAUAAUUAAUAAAUCAGGAAUGAUUUAUCUUCCUCAUUUCAGAAAGAAGUUGAAUAAUGAAGUAAGUACUUUAGCUGAUAAGAAUCCAUUUGAUUUCUGGAGUCCAUUUAGAAUCUUCUUCAAAAUGGAAGUAUUCUUCACUUUAUUACCAGUUGGUAUGCAAUUUGCUGCCUGGACCAUGGCUUUGACUUCGAUUUCAACUGUCUUGGAACAAAAAGAUGGUUACAACUAUAGUGUGAUGAAAGUGGGGUUAAUUUAUUUACCUCAAGGUAUAGCCUGUUUCUUUGGUUCUGUGGUUACUGGAAGAGCGUUAAAUGCAUAUUAUAGAUACAGAAGAAAGGGAUAUGAAGAAAAAUACCAAAAUGAAUUUGAAAGACCACCAUUUAAUAUUGUCAGAACCAGAUUAGAUAUUUGCAUUCCUCCUGCUAUCAUGAUGAUAGUUGGAUUAGUUAUUUUUGGAUGGUGUUUGCAAUAUCAACAACACAUUGCAUCUAUUAUUAUUUCGACUUGUUUAAUUUCAUUUGCUUCUUCGGCAUUCAUUUCAGCUGCAACCACCAUGUUGGUAGAUUUAUAUCCUGGUAAGGGAAGUGCUUCAACUAGUUGUUUAAAUCUUAUGCGUUGUUGGUUGGCCGCUUUAGGUUCAGGAGUUUUGGAUAAAAUGAUUUCAGGUUUAGGUUUAGGAGGUUGCUAUACUCUUGUAGCAGGUCUUUGCUUGAUUGCUGAUUUGAGUUUAUUUUACGUUUUGCAUGGUAUUUCAAAGAAGUUAAAGAAAUCUGUUCCAAAUUCCCCAGUUGCCACAGAUUAGAGAAAUUCCCCCCAACUUCUUUACUUUUUUAUUUGCAUUUUAUUAGGGAUAUUUUUUGUAUAAUUUUCAUCAUGCUUUUUACAUUUACGGGUUAUUUAAAAGAUGGUUGUGUUUCAUCAAUUACGCUUUAUUGUUGCUACCAUUUUCAUAUUUUUAUUUUUGUUUACGAUUACGAUUACAUUAAUCAGCAUUUUUAUAGAGAAAGAGCUUAUAGAUACAUAUACAAUGGCAUUUAAUUACAUAAUUACUAUUAUUUCAUCAACAGCUUGUAGCUAACCCGAACUAUUACUC